AUGUCCAAAGAACAUCGAAUCAGGAAAAAAAUCAUCGUAUCACUUGGAUCUACUAUUCAAAGGAAAGAAUGGCCAGAUAGUUUACUGGAUGUUGGAAUAAGAAUUAAAACGUUUUCAUCGAGGACCAAAUACUUAGUGGCAGCUAGUGUAACGGAUUCAUAUUAUAGGAGGGCCAUUGCUCUUGGCAUCUUUGUGGUGAAGGAGGAGUUUCUUGAACGUUGCGAAAACAUAGACUCUUUGAUGGAUAUUUCUGAACUGGCAGAAUCGUGCAAACUCCCCCGAUUUGCUGGUUUAGCGAUAAGCUUUCUCGGGUUCAAUGAUGAGACCGCUGAGGACUACGAUAGUAUUGUGGAGGAAAAUGGUGGACACGUCACCAUGACCACAUCUGAAGCUACCCACAUCAUAGUAGCACCUGAAUUUCGACCACCGGCUGCCUGUCAAGGGAAAAAUCUUGUGACCAUGGAGGUGCGGUCCUUCAGUGGUUUAUCAAGGAGACCUUCUGUUGUAUGCAGGAUUUAUAGUGGUUUCGUGAAAGUAUGGAUUUGGGUUGGUGUGCGAAUGAAGCGUGUUUUGUACACACUUGGAAGGAAGCGACACCUCAAAGGAGGCGAACAAAUAGUAUACUGCGAUUCCAGAGGAGGUUAG